AUGUCUCUUUUUCAGACCACAGAUAAAUAUAGGAGUCUAUGUGCAUUUUGGAACUACUCGCCUGAUACCAUGAAUGGCAGCUGGUCCUCAGAAGGCUGUGAGCUGAUGUACUCUAAUGAGACGCACACCUCUUGCCGGUGUAAUCACCUGACACAUUUUGCAAUUUUGAUGUCUUCCGGUCAUUCCAUUGGUAUUAAAGAUUAUAAUAUUCUUACAAGGAUCACUCAACUAGGGAUAAUUAUUUCACUGAUUUGUCUUGCCAUAUGCAUUUUUACCUUCUGGUUCUUCAGUGAAAUUCAAAGCACCAGAACAACAAUUCACAAAAAUCUCUGUUGUAGCCUAUUUCUUGCUGAACUUGUUUUUCUUGUUGGGAUCAAUACAAAUACUAAUAAGCUCUUCUGUUCAAUCAUUGCUGGGCUGCUACAUUACUUCUUUUUAGCUGCCUUUGCAUGGAUGUGCAUCGAAGGCAUACAUCUUUAUCUCAUUGUGGUAGGAGUCAUCUACAACAAGGGAUUUUUGCACAAGAAUUUUUAUAUCUUUGGCUAUCUCAGCCCUGCUGUGGUAGUUGGAUUUUCAGCAGCAUUAGGAUACAGAUAUUAUGGCACCACCAAAGUAUGUUGGCUUAGCACCGAAAACAACUUUAUUUGGAGUUUUAUAGGACCAGCAUGUCUAAUCAUUCUUGUUAAUCUCUUGGCUUUCGGAGUUAUCAUAUACAAAGUUUUUCGUCACACUGCAGGACUGAAACCAGAAGUUAGUUGCUAUGAGAACAUAAGGUCUUGUGCAAGAGGAGCCCUCGCUCUCCUGUUCCUUCUUGGCACCACCUGGAUCUUUGGGGUUCUCCAUGUCGUUCAUGCAUCCGUGGUUACAGCUUACCUCUUCACAGUCAGCAAUGCCUUCCAAGGGAUGUUCAUUUUCUUAUUCCUGUGUGUUUUAUCUAGAAAGAUUCAAGAAGAGUAUUAUAGAUUGUUCAAAAAUGUGCCCUGUUGUUUUGGCUGUUUAAGGUAAACAUAGAGAACUAUGGAUAAUUGUAGCUGCACAGAAGCCAAAAACCCAAGCUGUGGAUGACCAGUGUAUAAAGUUGACUCAAUCAAAUUAUUCAGUUAUGAAUUACUACAUAAUCAAAUAUUAUAAAUCAGUUUUUCUGUUUACAGUAUAGGAACUGUAGAUAAUAGUAGUUGAAAUUAUGUACCAUAUAGCUGUAGUGUGCUUUCCUACGUGACAUAGUUAUGUCAAAAAUAGUAUUGCAGAUAUUCGGAAAGUAAUUGGUUUCUCAAGAGUGAUAUCGCUGCACCCAAGGAAAGAUUUUCUUUCUAACACAAAAAGUAUAUGAAUGUCCUGAAGGAAACCACUGGUUUUAUACCUUUGUGACUCAUGUUGCCUCUGAAACUAGUCCCCUACCACCUUGGUAAUGAGGUCCAUUAUAGAAAGUGCAACAUGAGAGAACGAAAGGGCUGAAUAUAAAAUGGUGAAAAGGGAAUGGCU